AUGCGUAGAAGACCACUGCCGUCGGUCCGCGAAGAAGUGUCAAACCCAAAGACGUGGCGGAAUGUCUGUGAGAGUGAUUGGGCUGUGUACACGCUAGUGGCGUCUGUGGGCGCGCUGACGUACGCGAACAGCCUGCACGGUGAGUUCGUGCACGACGACAUCCCCGCGAUCGUGGGCAACGGCGACGUGACGGGGGCCAACCCGCUGCUUCAACUCUUCAGGAAUGACUUUUGGGGCACGCCCAUGUCCGAGCCCAGCAGUCACAAGUCCUACAGACCACUCACUACGCUUACAUUUCGCUUGAACUACUGGUUGUGCGGCGUGUCUGUGUGGUGGUGGCACGUGGUCAACGUGUGCCUGCACGCGGUGUGUUGCGCCCUGGUGGCUCGCGUCGGCGCCGUCGUCGCACGUCUGCAGCGGCCCUUCGCCGCGCUCGCUGCAUUGCUAUUUGCUGUACAUCCAAUACACACUGAAGCGAAAACACAAUGGUAA